AUGAAAAAGACUGGCCAAGGCGGAGCAGUUUUUUCUAUGUGCACGUAUUUCUUUUCCCCGAGAUUUCAGUCACUAAACUAAAUCGAAGUCUCGACGACGUGUGCAGCAUUUGCCACAUUACGUACUCAAACAUCAGUCAUCUUCAAGUCUGGGCACUCGUUGAAGUAUUGUCGCCUACUUUAGCCUAGCCUAGCCGGCUAACCGCUAACAAGGCUGGAAGGCACGUCGUCAAGCGUUCAGAAAACAAGUGAGAAAUAUGUUCGCGAGAACUACACCGGCUGCAGAAAAGUUCCAAGAGGAACUUUGUGGAGUAAAAAAGGAGCCCCCACGUCACCAAGAAUCGACUGGGUGCAAAAUAAUGACCGCAAAAGUUGUUCUUCACAGACUCGAAGAUCAAUAUGUCAGCCAAGCCCAUUGUCUUCAGUACCAGGAGUCUUUAUGCAUCAAGGAGGAGUCGCCAUACAUCAAGGAGGAGGAGGAGGAGGAGGAGUCCAUUCACAUUAAAGGUUUUAGACAAUAUCUUGGUACUGAGCGGCAGCAGGCAGAAUCUCCUGGUUUGAAAGAGGAUGUUGAACUCCCCCAAAUCAAAGAGGAGGAGCCAAAGCCCUGUCAACAGAAGCAACUUCCAAUCAAAAAGGAGGAGGAAGAGCUGCCAUGCGUUAAAGAGGAGGAGUAUAUCACCAGGUCGACUGGUGAGCCCUUGAAGAGUGAAGAUGGUCUGAGUGAGGCCGGCAGAGGGGCGGAGCCUCCAAGCGACAGCAGCAGCAAUUCAACAGAAGGAUUGCAAGCAGACAUUUUCAUCGCUCUGUCAGACUCGCCUUACAAUGAUGAUGGUUAUAAGACAUCUCAUGGUGACGACAAACUCUGCAAAUGCUCUCAGUGUGGGAAAACCUUUGCUAAUAAGUACACUUGUCGGACGCAUAUGAGUAAGCACACUGGUGAAAAACCUUUUGCCUGCUCAGUUUGUGGUCAAAGAUUCACUGAAAAGCAAAACUUAAAAAUCCACACAAGAACCCACACUGGCGAAAAACCUUUUUCCUGCUCAGUUUGUGAUAAAAAAUUCUGUCACGAGAGCAACUUAAAGCGACACACAAGAACGCACACUAAAGAAAAACCUUUUUCCUGCUCAGUUUGUGAUCAAAGAUUCUCUCACAGGCAAAGCUUAAAAUACCACACGAGAACCCACACUGGUGAGAAACCUUUUUCCUGCUCAGUUUGUAAUCAAAGAUUCAUUGAAAAGGUUAACUUAAAAAUCCACGCAAGAACCCACACUGGCGAAAAACCUUUUUCCUGCUCAGUUUGUGGUCAAAGAUUUGCUCAAAAGAUAUGCUUGAAAGUGCACACAAGAACCCACACUGGUGAAAAACCUUUUUCCUGCUCAGUUUGUGGAAAAGCUUUUUUUCAGGCGGGAGAGUUAACAAGACACACAAGAACCCACACUGGCGAAAAACCUUUUUCCUGCUCAGUUUGUGGUCAAAGAUUCAGUCACAAGUGCAAUUUAAAACAACACAUAAGAACCCACUCUGGCGAAAAACCUUAUUCCUGCUCAGUUUGUGGUCAAAGAUUCAUUCAAAUGAUUAGCUUAAUAAGACACACAAGAACCCACACUGGUGACAAACCUUUUUCCUGCUCAGUUUGAUGUUUAAGAUUAGAAGGGAUGAAGAGACACGUGUGUCUUGGUGUGAGAAGCAAAGGCCAAUGACUGUUUUGCCUGUCAUCCAUGCUGGCUUCAUCAGAUUUUGCACGCAGGACGAUUGUAUUCCGUAGAAUCCUGUUGAGGAUUGGCACUUUUGGUGCCUUACUUUGUCCUUUUGUAUGAUGUACAUCCACCCUAUUGCAAAAACCUCAGCCGAUUAAACUCUCCAUUCCAGCACGUGAUUUAGCUGGAUGGGCGGAGCUGUGCAACACAACUGUGACGCAUUAGGAGCGCUCAUUAUUCAAAGACAUGUCUACUAAGAUAUACAAUCUUAUGGAAUGCAUUACAAUUGCGCUCCUUCUCUCAAAAGGUUAAAAUAUAAGCCGUAUUUAUCGUGCUCCCGACUCCAAUGUUGAACUAUUCACUGAAUGUGUAGGAUAACUUCUGUCAAAAACUAAAAAUAAGCAUGACUUUGUCUGUGGUGACAUGAACAUUAAUUUGUUGAAUCCUAACAAAGAUCCUGGUGUGACCAGCUCAGGUUCAUUGACUGUUUUUAAGAGGAGGUAUAAACAAAGUUUAUUGAACGGUUAUGUUGCUGGCUCAAUCUAACUCUUGGUCACGAUAAGAACUGUACAAAAGGAAAAUAAUGUCUGGUGUGACAACUCAAACUUGUAAACAAAACCAAAUGUGAAGCUAAUGCUAUCAGAACUCAACCAGACAUCACCAGGACAGAUAAUCAUUUGGCUCUGUAAGUGGGCAGACAGUUGACCUUUAACAGUAGUAUUGUGACAUUCUGUAAAGACAUGGAACUGGUCAAUUGGUCACUGAGUUUCCUGGACAAGAUCUUUUCUACAAUGCGAUCAGAACCUGUGACAACGCGCCUGCCCAGGAAACACUUUCCUGGAUCGAAUCAACUGAAUGAACUAAACUCUGAAUCAUGAACUAAUCUACUGGAUUUAAUCAACAUAACCGCGAUCGACAAGGAUUAUGGGAAAAUGAACAAUCAAGGGGAGGGAGAAAAAAAAGCCUUGUAUU